AUGAAGGCUGCAGUCGUUCUUUGGGUUGUCGGGGUUCUCAUGGGACUUGGGGAAGCAAUUAUUUUGAUGAAUGGAAAUAAGACCAGCGAACAGCAGCAAGAAUAUAGGCCGGAGGGGCCUUUGGUUAUGUGCAACUUUCUGCCUGUGGAUUUUAUUGAGUGUGAGGAGCCUUUCGAUCACAAGGGGAAUAAAACAGCGAAGAUUGAGAGUGGUUAUGGAUGUGUCAAGUUUGGAGGUUCUCGAUAUGAAGAGGUAGAAAAAGCCAACGUCUCCUGCACAGUCCUCCCCGACAUCGAGUGCUAUGGCCCCAGAACCUUCUACAGGGACGGUGUUCCUUGCAUAAAAUAUAGUGGCCAUUACUUCAUCCUGACACUGCUCUACAGUAUUCUUUUAGGAUUUUUAGGGACGGAUCGCUUCUGCCUGGGCCACAAUGGUACAGCUGUGGGGAAACUACUGACUCUGGGGGGCUUGGGUAUCUGGUGGAUCGUUGAUGUCAUCCUCCUAGUCACCAAUUCCCUUUUACCCGAGGAUGGAAGCAACUGGAAUCCAUUCGUAUAACCUUAGUCUGCAAAUAACCCUAGUUAAAAGAUGAUAGAGCCCAUUGCUGAAGAUUUGGAAUUUUGUCCUUAUAAUUGUUGAUUUUUAAGUA